CCGACGUGUCUCGCAGCUCUUCCACGAACACCCAGACCUCAUCGUUGGAUUCAACGCCUUCCUUCCCCUCGGGUACAGAAUUGACAUUCCCAAGAACGGCAAGUUAAACAUACAGUCGCCUCUGUCGAGCCAGGCAGGCGCCACCAUCAGCACGCCGUCUCAUUAAAGCCGAGGAGUGCGUCUCAGUUUUAAAAAGGAACUUUGAAGCGUGCAGCCCCUGAAUUCCAAGGAGCUUCCCUUUCACGUUUGCAAAUGGAGCCGCAGGAUCCAGAAGCAGGGAUCAAAGCCUUAGCAGGGCUGAUCUUCGCUCAUCCCAGCUGGAGAGGAACCCAGCUGGUUUGCAGCUGCGGCGGGGAACACUGGAGUCUGAGGCGCCCAUCAUGCUGGGUGUCAUUACUGUCGCUUGCUGAGAAAGAGCUGAGACGAAGACCCACACUGCGCUCUGCCUGUGCAGGUGGAGCGCUCUUGUGGAAACAGCCAGUCUUGUCUCCCCUGGCUGGCUCAGGUGACGGAGGUCCAUUGACGUGGAGAAAGGAGAACGCGCACAACCAUAGCGACUGUGCAGAGAACUUCAAGCAGCAGAUGCUGUAUAAGGAGGACAAACCCCAGGCGCCCUUGGAGUCGGAUUCGGUGGAAUUCAACAACGCCAUCAGCUAUGUGAACAAGAUUAAGACCCGCUUUCUGGACCACCCGGAGAUCUACAGGUCUUUCCUGGAGAUACUGCACACUUACCAGAAGGAGCAGCUGAGCACAAAGGGCCGGCCAUUCCGAGGCAUGUCUGAAGAGGAGGUCUUCACGGAGGUGGCCAACCUCUUCCGGGGCCAGGAGGACCUGCUCUCGGAGUUUGGACAGUUCCUGCCCGAAGCCAAGCGGUCUCUGUUCACAGGAAAUGGGCCGUGCGAGGUGAACAGUGUCCAGAAGAGCGAGCACGAGAAGAAUCUGGAACACAGCAAAAAGCGCUCUCGGCCCUCACUUCUCCGUCCCGUGUCUGCGCCCGCCAAGAAGAAAAUGAAACUCCGUGGUACCAAAGACCUGUCCAUCGCCGCCGUGGGCAAGUACGGGACCCUGCAGGAGUUCUCCUUCUUUGACAAGGUCCGCAGGGUGCUGAAGAGCCAGGAGGUGUACGAGAACUUCCUCCGCUGCAUCGCGCUCUUCAACCAGGAGCUGGUGUCUGGCUCCGAGCUCCUCCAGCUCGUCAGCCCGUUUCUAGGGAAAUUUCCAGAACUCUUUGCACAGUUCAAGUCCUUCCUGGGGGUGAAAGAGCUGUCAUUUGCCCCGCCCAUGAGCGACAGAUCGGGGGAUGGAAUAAGCCGGGAAAUUGACUACGCAUCUUGCAAGCGCAUUGGAUCCAGCUACCGGGCGCUCCCCAAAACCUACCAGCAGCCCAAGUGCAGUGGGAGGACGGCCAUCUGCAAGGAGGUGCUGAAUGACACCUGGGUCUCCUUCCCCUCCUGGUCGGAGGACUCCACCUUCGUCAGCUCCAAAAAGACACCCUACGAGGAGCAACUGCACCGCUGUGAGGACGAGCGUUUUGAGUUAGACGUCGUCCUGGAGACCAACCUGGCCACGAUCCGGGUGUUGGAGAGCGUGCAGAAGAAGCUCUCUCGAAUGGCGCCGGAAGACCAGGAGAAGUUCCGUCUGGAUGACUGUCUCGGGGGCACAUCAGAGGUGAUUCAGCGCCGGGCCAUCCACCGUAUUUAUGGCGACAAGGCUCCGGAGAUCAUCGAGAGCCUCAAGAAAAACCCCGUCACUGCCGUCCCCGUCGUCCUGAAAAGGCUGAAAGCCAAGGAGGAGGAGUGGCGGGAGGCCCAGCAGGGCUUUAACAAGAUCUGGCGGGAGCAGUAUGAGAAGGCGUACCUCAAGUCCCUGGACCACCAGGCCGUGAACUUCAAGCAGAACGACACCAAGGCCCUUCGUUCCAAGAGUUUGCUGAACGAAAUCGAGAGCGUCUAUGACGAGCACCAGGAGCAGCACUCGGAGGGCCGUGGCACCCCCUGCAGCGAGCCGCACCUCAUCUUCGUGUAUGAGGACAGGCAGAUCCUGGAGGACGCAGCUGCCCUCAUCAGCUACUACGUGAAGCGGCAGCCAGCCAUCCAGAAAGAGGACCAGGGCACCAUCCACCAGCUGGUGCACCAAUUCGUGCCCAGCCUCUUCUUCUCCCAGCAGCUGGAGCUGGGGGCGUCUGAGGACUCUGCCGAUGAGGGCCGGGGGAGCCCCCUGGGGCACAGCGCAGACCCUGGGGAGCGGAAGAAGCCAGCGCCGGGGCCACAGAGCAGCCCGCCGGAGGAGAAGGGGGCCACGGGCGCGGCGCCAGCCUCAGAGCAGCUGCCGCCGCAGCACAAGCCCCUGGACGACGUCUACAGCCUCUUCUUCGCCAACAACAACUGGUACUUCUUCCUGCGCCUCCACCAGACCCUGUGCUCCAGGCUCCUGAAGAUCUACCGCCAGGCACAGAAGCAGCUCCUGGAGUACCGGACCGAGAAGGAGAGGGAGAAGCUGCUCUGCGAGGGCCGCCGGGAGAAGGGCAACGACCCCGCCAUGGAGCUGCGGCUGAAGCAGCCAAGUGAGGUGGAGCUGGAGGAGUACUACCCGGCCUUCCUGGACAUGGUGCGCAGCCUGCUGGAGGGCAGCAUCGACCCCACGCAGUACGAGGACACUCUGCGCGAGAUGUUCACCAUCCACGCCUACGUCGGCUUCACCAUGGACAAGCUGGUGCAGAGCAUCGCGCGGCAGCUGCACCACCUUGUGAGCGAUGACGUGUGUCUGAAGGUGGUGGAGCUCUACCUCAAUGAGAAGAAGCGGGGCGCUGCCGGCGGGAACCUGUCCUCGCGCUGUGUCCGCGCCGCCAGGGAGACCAGCUACCAGUGGAAGGCCGAGCGCUGCAUGGCUGACGAGAACUGCUUCAAGGUGAUGUUCCUCCAGCGCAAAGGGCAGGUGAUCAUGACCAUCGAACUCCUGGACACUGAGGAGGCCCAGACGGAGGACCCUGUGGAGGUCCAGCACCUGGCUCGGUAUGUGGAGCAGUACGUGGGGACCGAGGGUGCGUCCAGCUCACCCACUGAGGGAUUCCUCCUGAAGCCCGUGUUCCUGCAGAGGAACCUCAAGAAGUUCCGCAGGUGGCAGUGCGAGCAGGUGCGCGCCCUGCGCGGCGAGGCCAAGAGCUCCUGGAAGCGGCUGGUGGGUGUGGAGAGCGCCUGUAACGUGGACUGCCGCUUCAAGCUCAGCACGCACAAGAUGAUGUUCAUUGUGAACUCCGAGGACUACAUGUACCGCCGCGGGACCCUCUGCCGGGCCAAGCAGGUACAGCCCCUGGUCCUGCUGCGCCACCACCAGCACUUUGAGGAGUGGCACGGCCGCUGGCUGGAGGACAACGUGACAGUGGAGGCGGCCAGCCUGGUGCAGGACUGGCUGAUGGGCGAGGAGGACGAGGACAUGGUGCCCUGCAAGACGCUCUGCGAGACAGCGCACGUGCACGGCCUGCCCGUCACCCGCUACCGAGUGCAGUACAGCCGCCGGCCGGCCUCGCCCUGACGUCCCUCGCGCCCCACGACGCCCAGCCUGGCAGUGCCGCUUCCUGGCCUCCGCGUCCGUCAGCGCAUUUUCAUGAACAACCUGAGGGGCAGGGCAUUCCCAGCACGCUGCUACGCGCUCGAGGCUAUGUUGGCUCGUGGCCUCAUGCUGCCAAUCCCCUCAGCUUUCCGGCUUCCUUUGGGCCCAUCCUGUGCCAAACGUGAACCCCCUGCACUUGAACUCGGGGGCUCCGUUCCUGCCGGAAAGCGGGGGAUCAACGCGCUGGCCGAGCAACAAACAGUUGCAUUUACACACCUGCCAGGCCACUGCCGACACAUGUGCCAGAUGCCCGGGCGGGUCACUGCUGGCCCUUCUGUGCACGCGGCGUCUGGGAGAGUCUGAUGACCCAGCAAGGACACGGUUGCAAGGGGGCAGUGUUCAGAACCCCACAUCGAAGGAGCUGGCCCAGCGGACCCACUUGGAGAGCACUCUUUCCCGAGUGGUCCCGAGGGCUUCUAGAAACAUGUCCCGAGCUGGGCCACCCCCGCAUCUGGUGGUAGGGGCAUUGUAUGGCCCAGCCGGUGCACAGGGUCGUUGGUCACUCUGAAAGAGGGAAGAGCCACCUCAGCCAGACUGGGGCACUCCGCGUUGAGUGCCCAUGUGGAGUGGCAGAUGCCCAGCACGGCCGGCAGACCCCAUUCGGGGAGAGACGCCAAACCCGAGUUGAUCUGGCAGCCGGACUCUGGGCCAAUGCUCCUGCUAAGCUCAAGUGUCCCACGCUGGGAGGGCCCUGGGCGCGGUCGUGUACCUAAGAUGGACAUUCUAGAAGUACGUACUGCACGCCACAAAUAUUUAUUCCUUUACACUCUCUUAGCAGUUGUAACUUCUGCCACAGCUCAGUCCCGCAGCCUCCUGGGGGAGAGAGCCCUCUUCGUGGAACUCCUCGGCCUGCCUGACGGCCCCGGAGAGUGGGUGUGAGGGGCUGAGGCAGCUGUCCUGCAGAGGCAUCCAAGCUUUCUGUGCCAAGCUACCAAGGAAUUUGGGCUGGCGGCCAGCUCCUUGAACUUCUCGCACUGUGAGAACCCCUGGCCAGGCCCCAGGCCCCACCGGACUGAGCGGGCUCCACGGACAGGCCCAGCGCCAUCCCCACGCUGCCGCCUCUGCUCGGCCAUAGCCCUCAUCUUCCGCAGCUGAGCUGUGCCAAACCCACAAUUCCGGGAAGUGGAGGCGUGUUUCCAGGAGUUUCUAGGAGUGACCUGUGGAACUCGAGGUUUGAAAACCUUGGACUCUGUGUGGGCGACUCCGAGGCAGGUGUGCCACUGGCCUCCUCGCCCACGUUUUCUCAAGUGUAACCCGGGCACUUUGUGCGCAUCCUCAUUUUAUAAGAAGGGAAUUGCUCAUUGGAAUUCCCAAAUCACAUCCUGCCGGCAGCCAGUCACCCUUGGAGGCCCGUGCCCUUUGUGCCUCCUCGUGGGCCUGGGCGCACGGGCCAGCCCCCCAACUCCCCUGCAUGCUUCUGGGGAGCAUCUCUUCUGUUUUUGCAGAAUUUCUGUUCUGGGGCUUGUACUUCCUUUGCAGCUGUUUUGAAUGUAGUUUUCCUUUUCUAUUUAUUUGCACAUUAAAGUUAAAAAUUAAAUA